CGCUCUUGUUUCCUAUCCGUGCCCAGGUCACCGCUUGCUUUCGUUCCCAGGCUGUGGCCUCCGGCGAGCGAGGAUUCCGGGGCCUGAAGGGGUGGACGCCGUCUGGCCCGGCCGGCACCCAGAGGGCGCGGGCUGUGUGGGCGAGGGUUCGCGUGGGCUGGGCAGAGGCUGGAACGAGGACCCCCGAGCGCGAGCUCCGGAGCCCGCGGGCUGGGCCGGAGGGGCCGGCCGGGCGGCGGCGGCGGCGGCGCAGUGCCAGGCAGUCUGCAGCGCGCGGCACAGCGAGGUCCCGGGAGGGACGUGGGCCUGAAGGGAGCUUGUACCGUAGGCCCAGAGCCGGCUUCUCUGGCCCAGUGGUCUCGGGAGGCGGAGCGAUCCGUGAGAGGAGCGCGCCGGAGGAGCAGCCCCCGGACCGGAGCCUCGGGAGCCCGGGGCCGGUCGGCUAGUCUCGACGGGGUCCACCGUUUACAGUCUACGAUUUUUCCAAGAGCAGCAGAAAAUGAAUGAAUCCCAGGGGCCAGUGUCAUUCACGGACGUGGCCGUGGACUUCACUCAGGAGGAGUGGCAGCAGCUGGACCCUGAUGAGAAGACAACCUACAGGGAUGUGAUGCUGGAGAACUACAGCCAUCUGGUCUCCGUGGGGUACGACAGCACCAAACCGAACGUGAUCCUCAAGUUGGAGCAGGGAGAGGAGCCUUGGGUAGCAGACGGCGAGUUCCCACGGCAGUUUCACCCAGAAGAAGUCUGGAAAGUUGAUGACCUGAUGGAGAGAGCCCAAGAAAAUAAAGACGAAUGUUCAAGGCAAGCUGUUUCUAUCAACAGCAGAACCCUGACUGAGGAGAGAGAGGUUGCAUUUGAUAAAACUUAUAACAUGGAAAUAAGCCUUGUUCCUUCAAACCUAAUGUCUCAUAAUUGUGUCUCAUGUGGAAAGACUUUGGGAUCUACUUCAGAAUUAAUUAUUAGUGAUGGAAGCUAUGCAAGAGAGAAACCUGAUGAGUGUAGUGAAUGUGGGAAAACAUUUCAUGGAGAGAAACUCUAUGAAUUUCAUCAAAAUGGGGAAGCCUUUUCUCAAAAUGAAGAAAGUAUUCAGAAAAUUAGUAUUUUGGAGAAACCCUUUGAAUAUAAUGAAUGCACAGAAGCCUUAGACAAUGAAGCUGUUUUCAUUACUCAUAAGAGAGCUUAUAUGGGGGAGAAGCCCUAUGAUUGGAAUGAUUCUGGAUCAGACUUCAUCCAGAUGUCAAGUUUUAAUGUAUACCAGAGAUCACAGAUGGAAUUGAAGCCCUUUGAAUGCAGUGAGUGUGGGAAAUCCUUCUGUAAAAAGUCAAAAUUCAUUAUACACCAGAGGGCUCACACAGGAGAGAAACCUUACGAAUGUAACGUAUGUGGGAAAUCCUUCAGCCAAAAAGGAACCCUCACCGUACAUCGGAGAUCACACUUAGAGGAGAAGCCCUAUAAAUGCAAUGAGUGCGGAAAAACCUUCUGUCAGAAGUUACACCUCACUCAACACCUGAGGACUCACUCAGGAGAGAAACCCUAUGAAUGUAAUGAAUGUGGGAAAACCUUCUGCCAAAAGACACAUCUCACCUUACACCAGAGAAACCAUUCAGGAGAGAGACCAUAUCCAUGUAACGAAUGUGGCAAAUCCUUCUCCCGCAAGUCAGCCCUCAGUGACCAUCAGAGAACGCACACGGGAGAGAAACUUUAUAAGUGUAAUGAAUGUGGGAAAUCCUAUUACCGAAAAUCCACCCUCAUUACACAUCAGAGAACACACACAGGAGAGAAACCCUAUCAGUGUAGUGAAUGUGGGAAAUUCUUUUCUCGGGUGUCAUACCUCACUAUCCAUUACAGAAGUCAUUUAGAAGAGAAGCCCUAUGAAUGCAAUGAAUGUGGCAAAACCUUCAAUCUAAACUCAGCCUUCAUUAGACAUCGGAAAGUACACACAGAUGAGAAACCCCACGAAUGUAGUGAGUGUGGAAAGUUCUCAUAUCUCACCAACCAUCACACAACUCACUUAGGAGAGAAGCCCUAUGAAUGUAGUGAAUGUGGGAAAACCUUACUUGAAAAUUCAGCCUUUGAUGGGCACCAGUCACUUCCCAAAGGGGAAAAGUCCUAUGAAUGUAACAUAUGCGGGAAAUUGUUCUCUGAGCUGUCAUACUAUACUAUACAUUAUAGAAGUCAUUCAGAAGAGAAGCCCUACGGAUGUAACGAAUGUGGGAAAACCUUCUCCCAUAACUCAUCCCUCUUUAGACAUCAAAGAGUCCACACAGGAGAGAAACCCUACGAGUGUUAUGAAUGUGGGAAGUUCUUCUCUCAGAAGUCUUACCUCACUAUACAUCAUAGAAUUCAUUCAGGAGAGAAGCCCUAUGAAUGUAGUAAGUGUGGGAAAGUUUUCUCUCGGAUGUCAAACCUCACCGUACACUAUAGAAGCCAUUCAGGAGAGAAGCCCUAUGAAUGUAACGAAUGUGGGAAAGUCUUUUCUCAGAAGUCAUACCUCACUGUGCAUUAUAGAACUCAUUCAGGAGAGAAGCCCUAUGAAUGUAAUGAAUGUGGGAAAAAGUUCCAUCACAGGUCAGCCUUCAAUAGCCAUCAGAGAAUUCACAGGAGAGGGAAUAUGAACGUACUUGACAUGGGAAUGCUCCUCUGAAGUCAGAUCUCAUUUUAGAAAACCCUCUGCACAUAAUGAGUAUGGGAAGUCAGUUGGGAGUCAGAUAUCACUGUCUGAGAGUUCAUGUUUCUGAAUGAGGAAAAGCAUUUAGAUGUUAGAUUUAUUCUAAUCUGAAUUUUCAUAGAGAAGAAUCCCUAAAACUGCAACAAGAAGCAAAGCCUUCAGCAAGACCCUACAACUCAUUGGACACUAGACAGUUUAUACAAGAGUGAAACUCUAUAAAUAUUUAAUAUUUAUUUUGGAUUCCAAUUGUAUUCACAUAUCAGGGAAUCAUACCAAGGCGAAACCUGUCAAAGUGAUGAAUGUGGAAAAUACAUUGUCAUGGAAAUUGUUAUACUAAAAGCCAUAUUUCUGAUAUAAAAUCAGAUGUUUUAAGGAAUGACAUCAGAAGCUAUCAGCUCUGAAUAAACCUUCAUUGCAGAAAAUGAAGUUUUAAAAUCUUCUGGAGUUGAUUAUGAGGAUCGUAGCAUUAAAUAUGUAUAUGGCGGUUUCUAUCACGUUUCCAAAAUGUGAUUAAUUCUAUGCAACUCUGCCAGUUGGGAUUUGAAUAAUUUGUGAAAAGGCAGUAUUCUUAUUUGAGUAUUAAGAUGGCAAAAUGUACUAAUGUAGGACAUAUUGUUGGUGAGAUGUUUGAUAGGUAUAGAAUAGUUAAAUACAUAGUUUUCUGUUCUUUAGAGGCAUUUACAAAUGGUUUUUAAUGAGUACUUCAUCAAGAGAGGAACCAGUGAUUUUUGUAAAGUUUCCAACUGCAUUUGAGCAAAAAAGACUUAAAAAUACUAUUUUCAUAAACUAUGCAUAGAUGAUUUGGAAUCUAGUCUGUUCAGUGAAGGAUGGCUGUACUGCUCAUGCUCUAUAACAUAGGCCCAGCUCUCCUACCACUCUUGUUUUUUAACCCAUAGGUUUGAGCGGGCAGUAUGCCACUAUUUUGUAAUUCAGAAAUUUUACCUGUGCUUUUAUUUGAUAUGAAUACGGUGUCAUUAUUUUGUGCAUUGUCUCUUAGUCCCAGUAUUUUGGAACAAAUUAAUGCAAGCUUCUAGCAGACAUUUUUUGUUGAUUAACCUCAGUGUCCUCCCUCUCUUUACUUGCUGGAAGAGUUUAGGUAUCUACUAUUCACAAGACACGGAGGGUAAAUCCUGAGUAAACUAAACCAGUCAUGCUAAUUUCAUUAUGAUCACCAGUGACUCGUUUAUAGUGGUCACAUGACCAAAUCCUAGGUUAGCACAACAGACCAUUUCUGGAAAAAAGGUAAAACAGUGAUCAAAUGGAUCUUACUCCAGGAAUGUGAGGGUGUUUUAAUAAGAAAAAAAAAAAAUCACUGUAAUAUAUCACAUUGAAGAAAAGUAGUCUAGUAUGCAGGAAGCGUGGUGAAAUCAAUAUCCAUUUGUGUUCUUAGCAAACUAUGGAUAGAAAGGAACUUCCUUUAUUGGCUAAAGAGUAUCUUAUACUACAACAAACAGCAUAUCAAAUGGUGAAAUAUUGAAAGUUUUCUCCCAAGAUCAAAAAAAGAGACAAGGUUAUCUGCUAUGACUAAUUUUAUUCAGUAUUGUGUAGAAGGACCUAGCCAGGAAAGUAGGGGAAGCAAAAGAAUGAAAAGGCUUAAGGAUUAGAAGAAGUAAAACUUUUAUUUGCAGAUGAUAUGCUUUUAUACAUAGGAAAUUCUAGGGAAUAUUCAGAUAAUUAGAAUUGAGCAGAAUCUCCACAUACAAGGUCAUUAUGCAAAAAUUGGUUUUUAAUAUACCAGCAACGAACACAGAAAAUGAAAAGUUUUAAAACAAAGUCACUUACAGUGAUAUCAGAAAUCCUUAAGUGCCUGGGGGGAAAAUUACCUAACACUGUAUUUUCAAGAAUUGUAUCCAGGGGAAAAAAAAAUUACAGAACAGUAAGAGGGAUAUAUCCUGUUCAUGGAUUGCAAGACAAUCUUAACAAGAUGUCAGUUUUCCCCAAAUUAAUUCAUAUAUUCAAUGCAAUCUUAAUCAAAAUCCUAGCAAGUUUUUAUAACUGAAAAUUCUCAGAUUCAUGUGAAAAUUCAGAAGACCAAUAAUAGUCAAAGCUAUCUUCUAGAAUAGACAGAACUAGAGAACUUAUAGUGCUAGAUAUCAAGAACUGUUACAAAGCCAUAGGAAUUAUGAUAGUGUGGUAAUGGCACAAAGAUAAACAAAUUGACCAGUGGAACAGAAUAAAGAUUCCAGAAACACCCAAAUGUAAUUCAGUCACCUGACUUUUGGUGAAGGUAAUAAUGCAUCGUAAUGUGGGAAAGGAUGUUCUUUCCACUAAAUGCUCUGUCAUCAUUUAAAUUUCAUAAUUUAAUAGAAAAUAGAAAAAUCAAUUGAGGUGGAGUGCAGUUUUAAGUAUGAAAUGUGAAAUAAUAAAGCUAUAAGAAGACUAUAACCUUACAGCAAGCAGUUUUCUUAAGACCCAAAAAGCACUGAAUCAUAAAAUAAAACUUGUUAAUUUGAGUAUAUUACAUUAAAGAACUUCUGUUUCUCAAAAAGCCACCAUUGAGAAAGUGAACAGGCAGACCACAGAGGGGAGAAGAUAUUUGCAACUCAAAUACAUGGCAGCAGAAUCGAGUGCAGAAGAGGGCUUGGUAAACGUUUUUGGGGAGGGGCCAGAUAGUAUUAAUAUUUGGGGCUUUGGGCUUCCCUGGUGGUGCAGUUGUUGAGAGUCCACCUGCCGAUGCAGGGGACACGGGUUCAUGCCCCGGUCCGGGAAGAUCCCACAUGCCGCAGAGCGGCUGGGCCCGUGAGCCAUGGCCGCUGAGCCUGCGCGUCCGGAGCCUGUGCUCCGCAACGGGAGAGGCCACAACAGUAAGAGACCCAUGUACCACCAAAAAAAAAAAAAAAAUAUAUAUAUAUAUAUAUAUAUAUAUAUAUAUAUAUAUAUAUAUAGGGCUUUGUGGGCGACACAGUUUCACUCACGACUACUCAACUUUGCUGUCGUAGUGUGAAAGCCAUAAAUAAGACAAAAACGAAUGAACGUGGCUAUGUCCCAAUAAGACUUUAUUCACAGAUACUGGUGGAGGACAGGAUUUGGCCAGCAGGCCAUAGUUGCUGACCCCUGAUCUAAAAUAAAAACACCUACAAAUCUACAAGAAAAAAAAAAUGGGCAAAAGACUUGGACGUCCACUUCAUAAAAGAGGCUAUCCACAUGGCCAGUAAACAUAUGAAAAGGUAUGUUAAUUUUAUUAAUAAUCUUGGAAAAGGCGGAUUUAAAACCCUGUGUGGCACUACUGCCACCCUCUGAAAUGGUUAAAAUGAAAAGCAUGAAAAAGCAAGAUUUAGCAAGAACGUAACAGGAACUUGCCUACACUCCUGUUGGUAUUGCCCAUUGAUAGAACCAUUUUGGAAAGCUGGCACUUAGAGCAAACCUGUGUUUGUACCCUUUUAACAAACCCAAACCUAGCAGACAUGCAUGAAUGUGUCCACUGUGCAUGUAUAUGUCCACCAAGGGACAUGUCCUAGAAUUUUCAUGACCUAAAACUUCAAAAAACAACUCUGAAGGCACCUACCUAUGCAUAGGUAGAACUUUGAACGUCAGUGGUGUGUUUCCGCCACAGAACACUCUAAGGCAAGGAGAAUGAAUGGGUAGUAAGCACAGGCAAUAGCAGCUCAAUUUCACGAAGAAUGUUAAAUGAAGGAAUCUAGACACAAAAGCAAACAGGUAAAGUAUAAGAACAGGUAAAACUUGGCUAUGCAGUUAGAAAUCAGGAUAGCGGUUAGCCUUGGCCAAGGCUGACAAGGAGCAUUCAUCUGGUGCUGGUAAUAAUUGGUUUCUAAAUCUAGGUGCUGAAUAUCUGAGUGUUCUGUGCACUCAAGCUUUGUGUGUUUUUCUGCAUGUAUAUUACACUUACAUAAAAUGUUGUUAAAAAUCACAAGUGUCUACCAUUUUUGUCGCUCAGCACUCUUGCCAUAUUUUUCUAGAUGUAUAUGAGUAUGCUGCAUAACAGGAAUUAACUGGUAGAUUUUGCAUAAUUUUUGUGCAGGAAAUACUCUUAGUUUUAAUGGCAACUACUAAGAUUUCCUACACUGACCGUAAAGCUUAGUAUAAAGUAUAUUUUCAGUAAAUAUUUGAAAAGGUGACAGGGCCAUUACAUAUGUUGUCAUCCUACCAUUCUGCAUAUAUAAAUGCAUCUGGCACAUAUAAAUAGGUCUGGACUGCCUCUUCAAUAAAGAACUGAUGUGUGUAAACCUUUCAUAUUUUCUCAGGCGAAUUGUUUUUUACAUUCCUGAAUUUGGGAUGCAUCUUAACCAUCACACUGUCACAGAGGUGAGCUUUCUUUGAGGUUAAGUACAACGGUGAGUUUGAUUUGAUAAAAAAAAUUUUUUAAGUUUUCAAGUUAUCCUUUCAGCAAAUUUAAAAUAGGCAGUUAACAGCACAAAUGUUAGUGAGUGAAGGAUAUAGUUAAGACCUUGCAGUAUAAAAUGUAAGAGCACUCAGCACGGGGAAUGGGGGAUGCUGGCUGGGUUUAUGGCACAACAGUGAGGAAUUAUGACAUUUGAUGGUGUGGACUAUGUACUUAGUUGUUUUUUUAAUAUAUAUUUUAAAUUUCAUUUAUUUUUAUUUUUGGCUGUGUUGGGUCUUCGUUGAUGCGUGCAGGCUUUCUCUAGUUGCAGCGAUUGGGGGCUACUCUUCAUUGCGGUGCACAGGCUUCUCAUUGCUGUGGCUUCUCUUGUUGCGGAGCACAGGCUCUAGGCGCACGGGCUUCAGUAGUUGUGGCACGUGGGCUCAGUAGUUGGGGCUUGUGGGCUCUAGAGCGCAGACUCAAUAGUUGUGGCGUACGGGCUUAGUUACUCCGCGGCAUGUGGGAUCUUCCCUGACCAGGGCUCGAGUCUGUGCCUCCUGCGUUGGCAGGUGGAUUCUUAACCACUGCGCCACCAGGGAAGUCCCCCACCUGAUCCCUGUAAAGAGGGGAAACAUGGCAAUGACAGCGUCACAGUGUUCCCCAAAUUAAGUUAUAUGAAGGCCACAAAGAAAAAAGUAACCCUCCCCAGUCGCCACAGUGGUAAUUAUAACAAAAAAAAUAAAUUUUCUUUCACAUUAAAGAAAUCAACCCCCUUGUAGUUCCUGCCGGAUUGGUGAACUGCCAUUGAAUGCUGACUUGUGAGCAAAGGGUAUGGAGUGGAAACAGUGUCAGGAAUCCUCCGAGGGAAGAAGGGAUGGCUGUGCUCAGUGGAGGAAGAUGUGAAGUCGGGACAGUGAAGAAACUGGUGCAAAUAUCAUGGCAUCUGCCGAGCGCACCUUCACAAAUGUUCUCUCCACACGUUAGCCCAGGGGAAUCUGCCUGACUGAUUGAUCAGUGAGAGGGGAAGCCAGCACUGAACCCCCAAUCCUGUGGGGGGAGUAGAUGAAACAAAUAUAGGGUGUUGAGACCUGUGUCAGAAGAAGUUUGAUAUUUUAGUGAUGAUUUUAAAGAAGUGGAGUCCUUUUGUAGCACGAUGUCGGGGAGGGGUUGACAGGCUCAGGUGGUCCAUCCCUGCUUGGCUGUGUUCCUGCUGAGGCAGCUGAGUCCUCCAUAAACUCACACUGAGAAGCGGGGCUAGGACUGGCCUUUCCUCCGGUCAAAAGUGCAGGAACUCCCAGGAGAAAGUGAGUUCUGGCAAAAAAAAAGAAAAAAAAACAACCCUGAGGACUUUAGCCACAGAAGAAAGACAAACAGAACCACCUGUGCUAAAUAAAUAUCCUCAAAGAAAAAAGUGUAUUGAUAAAGCGAUGUGGAGGUAAACAGUUCAAAAGAAGGGAAAUACUUAGUAUCAACAAUAAAAAUUCAGUAUAUUAUAUGAGCCAGUGGUUAACGAGUGGGAGACACUGUGUAGCAAAGAGCUUUUGCAGAAGGCUUUAGAGAGUAAAGAAAAUGUGAUGUGAAAAGGUGAGAAGUAGAGAUUUCAGCAAGACACCCACAAAUGAAGGGGAGGAGCUACACGGAGGGAGGGGAGUGACCAUUUUAUAUAAGUGAAAAACCCAAUAUGAUGUCAAAUUAAAAGAACAGUUGGAGCUCCAAACAGGAAAGAUACUGAGAUAUCCAUGUCAUUAAAGUGAAAUUUAAGAAUAUCAAAGAUAAAUUUUCGAAGGCUUCUCUAAAGAGGCAGUCACCCUAAAGAUAGCAAGCAGAUGCCUCAUCGUCCAUGUUCAACCAUGAUGGAGUAACAGGAAGCAGAUUUCCUUUCCUGACUACAUAACUGAAAAAUUGGACAAAACAAAUGAAACCAUGGCGUUCUGACACUGGACAUCAGGCAGGACGGUGAUCCCUGAGAGAGGAGAAACAAAGUGGCCCCGAGGCCACAGUGCAGGGAAGAGCACCCGAAGCAGAGCUGGGUGGCCUCCCCGAGUUGAGAAUUCAGGAAGGCUGAGGAGCUAGAAGUCAGGGCAGUGUGAACAGGAGAGAGCUGCGCAGGGCUCUGGGAUGCUAACACUGGAGAACCCCAAAACUCCAAACACAAGGGCGUUGGGGGCUCCAUUCUGGGGCAGGACUGCUCAACAAAUAGAGGUGUGGCUCUGGUUAGGGGCGUGGCCUGCUGUGAUAGGGCGUGGCUUUGUCCUGGGGGGCAGGGCCUUUGUAGAGUGGUGGGGUGGGCGUAACAGUGGACAGGACGUGGCUCGGGCCAGGGGUGCGGUCAGCAGUGGAGCUUGCCUUGGGCUCAAAAAGGUGCAGCUGCCACUCCUCAGGCGAGAACUGUUUAGAUCUAAGAGUCCUUGGGGGGCCAGAGGCCAGUGACCGGAAGACACGGCAGGCCUGUGGGCAGGCCUGCAGGCAGGUGAAGAGUGACAGACCUGUGUGUGAGGCACCGGG